UCCCCCGGCGCGGCUGGGGGGGGCGCGCGGUGCACGCCGGGACGGCAGCGCGCGCCGCGGCCGGGAGGAGGCGGAGGAGCCAAGAUGGACGCCGGGUUCUUCCGCGGAACCAGUGCAGAGCAGGACAAUCGCUUCAGCAACAAGCAGAAGAAGCUGUUGAAGCAGCUGAAAUUUGCAGAAUGCUUAGAAAAGAAGGUGGACAUGAGCAAAGUAAAUCUGGAAGUAAUCAAACCAUGGAUAACAAAACGAGUAACGGAAAUCCUUGGGUUUGAAGAUGAUGUAGUAAUUGAAUUUAUAUUCAACCAGUUGGAAGUGAAGAACCCAGAUUCCAAAAUGAUGCAAAUCAACCUGACUGGUUUUUUGAAUGGGAAAAAUGCUAGGGAGUUCAUGGGAGAACUGUGGCCACUGCUAUUAAGUGCACAAGAAAACAUUGCUGGUAUUCCAACUGCAUUUCUGGAACUGAAGAAAGAAGAAAUAAAACAGCGACAGAUAGAGCAGGAGAAACUGGCUUCUAUGAAGAAACAAGAUGAGGACAAGGAGAAGAGAGAUAAGGAAGACAAAGACAACAGAGAGAAAAGAGACAGAUCCAGGAGUCCAAGAAGGCGCAAGUCCAGGUCUCCCUCCCCUCGGCGAAGGUCGUCGCCGGUGCGCAGGGAGCGGAAGCGGAGCCAUUCCCGCUCCCCCCACCACCGGACCAAGAGCCGCAGUGCCACUCCUGCCCAGGAGAAGAAAGAGGCCACUCCUGAGCCAGAACCCUCCGUGAAACCAAAGGAGACCAUCGUUCAAGAGGCAACUUCAAACAGUGAUAUCCCAAAAGCUCCUAAACCUGAACCUCCUGUACCAGAGACUAAGGAAACUUCACCAGAACGUAAUUCAAAGAAGGAGAGAGAGAAGGAGAAAGAGAAGACUCGUCAAAGAUCCCCAACUCGGUCCAAGUCAAGGUCAAGGUCUCGAUCCCGUUCUCCAUCUCAUUCUCGACCCAGAAGGCGUCAUAGGUCACGGUCAAGGUCUUACUCCCCUAGAAGGCGACCGAGCCCCCGCCGACGGCCGUCCCCGCGGAGGAGGAGCCCACCCCGGCGAAUGCCUCCCCCACCCAGGCACAGAAGAAGCAGGUCCCCCGUGAGGAGGAGACGACGUUCAUCGGCCUCCUUAUCCGGCAGCAGCUCUUCCUCCUCCUCCUCGCGCUCCCGGUCUCCGCCAAAGAAGCCUCCCAAAAGAACCGUGUCCAGCCCUCCUCGGAAAACCCGCCGGCUCUCCCCUUCCGCCAGCCCUCCUCGGCGGAGGCACCGGCCAUCGCCGCCCCCCAGCCCCCCGCCCAAACCCCGCCGGUCCCCGACGCCGCAGCAGUCGAACCGCGCCAGGAAGAGCCGCGGCUCCGUCUCACCGAGCAGAACUUCAGCACCCAAACAUAAGAGUACUGAGAAAAGAGAGUCUCCCUCGCCAGCACCAAAGCCAAGGAAGGCAGAGCUGUCGGAAUCAGAAGAAGACAAAGGAGGUAAAAUGGCUGCAGCAGAUUCUGUCCAACAGAGGCGCCAGUACAGGAGGCAAAAUCAACAGUCGUCAUCUGAUUCUGGUUCUUCAUCUUCCUCUGAAGAGGAGAGACCCAAGAGGUCCAACGUGAAGAACGGGGAGGUCGGCCGACGCCGGCGCCACUCGCACUCCCGCAGCCCCUCGCCGUCUCCACGGAAGCGACAGAAGGAGUCCUCCCCUCGGAUGCAGAUGGAAAAGAGGUGGCAAUCGCCAGUGAUGAAAAGCAGGAGGAGGAGGAGUCCCUCUCCGCCCCCGGCGCGGCGGCGACGCUCGCCCUCCCCGGCCCCCCCUCCCCGGCGCCGGCGCUCCCCGUCCCUGCCCCGGCGAAGGUCUCCAUCCCCGCCCCCUCGCCGGCGCUCUCCCUCUCCCCGGAGAUACUCCCCCCCAAUCCAGAGGCGAUAUUCUCCAUCACCACCUCCCAAGAGAAGAACAGCUUCCCCUCCUCCCCCUCCCAAACGAAGGGCCUCCCCUUCCCCGCAGUCCAAGCGCAGAGUCUCCCACUCGCCGCCGCCGAAGCAGAGGAGCUCCCCGACGGCCAAGCGGCGUUCCCCUUCCGUGUCCUCCAAGCACAGGAAGGGAUCUCCUCCCAGCAGGUCCAACCGGGAAACACGUUCCCCACCUCAAAACAAAAGGCAUUCACCCUCGCCACGGCCUCGAGCUUCCCACCCCUCUGCCAGCCCGCCGCCGCCGCGGAGGGGAGCGUCGGCGUCGCCCCAGAGGAGACAGUCCCCAUCUCCCAGCUCCAGACCCAUCCGCAGGGUGUCCAGAACGCCCGAGCCCAAGAAGACAAAGGCUUCCACCCCCAGCCCCCGGCGCGUGUCCUCGUCUCGCUCGGCCUCGGGGUCCCCCGAGCCAGCACCCAAAAAGCACCAAGGACCUGCAUCUCCUGCUCGCUCUCGUUCUCCCUCUGCCAACUGGUCACCUGCAAAAAAGGCCAAAAGCCCAACUCAGAGCCCCUCACCUGCCAGGAAUUCAGAUCAAGAAGGGGGUGGCAAGAAGAAGAAGAAAAAGAAGGAUAAGAAGCAUAAAAAGGAUAAAAAGCACAAGAAGCACAAAAAACACAAGAAGGAGAAGGCGGCUGCGGCCGCAGCAGCUGCUGCUGUGGCUGCAGCAGACACCACCUCCACACAGGAAGACCAGGAAGCAGAGACAGAACCCAAAAAGGAGACAGAAAGUGAACCUGAAGACAACCUGGAUGACCUAGAGAAGCACCUGCGAGAGAAGGCCCUGAGGUCCAUGAGGAAGGCGCAAGUAUCCCCCCCAUCCUAGGCCCGGCCCUUUGAUAUAAUCUGCUGUAGUUCAGACAGUGACUGUGCAGGUGCCUGGUGCGACGGGGUGGAAGCUGCAUGGAUCUCACUUGCUCUUUUUGUGGUGGAUCUGCUAGUGCUGAACGUUGGGGUUUUGACCCAGGCCAUCUUCCUGAAGUGACAGGUACAGGGUUUAGAGAAGGGACUUGCUGCAGUAAUUAUAUCUAACUGCACAAAAUGGCCCCACUCAAGUUUAGUUGGCUUAAAUAAUUUAACUGAAAAUGAGUCUGCUGGAGUGAGGCUGGAGUGAGUCAUGGACAGGCCAGUCUCUGUAGCUCACACAAAAGAAAGAUGUAUUUGUUGUGUCAACAGGUGGGACAAUGGCAGGUGUGUGUGUGUGUGUGCAAGGGUUCAAAGUUUAUAGAAACUCAGUGCUGGAUUAUUAAAUUUUUCCACUUGUGUGACUUUGGCAGUUUGCCUGGGAGUCACCAUUGGGUUUACAUUGAAACUAAGCAGUGAAUUGCCUCAGGGGACAGAACUGUUCUGCUGCUGCUCUGGACAGGGCCUCGUGCUCCCUGCUGUGAUCCCAGAGAUAAAUGCCAGCACUGAGGCAGAGUUCUGUGCUCAGAGCCAUCACUAAACCUGGCUCAUCAGAGCUCCCUCGUGCUCAGCUCUGCCGUGUCUGACACAAAUGAGGCUCCCGAGCUGAUGUCUGGCCAGGGAGGGCUGGAGGGAGGGCCCUGGGCUGGGAGGAGCAGCUCAAACAUCCCCGUGCAGUUUUGCACUCUGACUUCAUUCCUCAAGCACCAAACCUCCAAAUAGGUGAGUUUUGGUAUAAAAAGCAGCUCUUGGAGGAGCAGCUUUCAGCAGGGCAUAGAGCUCUAUUUUGAUUGAGUUUCAUUUCAGCUGCUGUGUGUGGUAACUUAUGAUUUAGCACAGGAUCAUCCCAUAAACCCUGGAACUGUCUGCCUAAAGUCCAUUGUUGGUGUCACCAACGAAUCCAGCAAAGCAGUCACUACCCUGACAGUUCCAGUGGAAUUCUGUUUCCCUGGGUCAGGCCUUACUCAUUCCAAUUAAUUACCUGGGUAUUUCCUCGAGGACAAUAAAAAGAUUAUUAAAGCUGAGCACAAUGGAACAGAACAGUGUGUAUGUCCAGACUUUAAUCAACAGUUUGACUUUUGAACGGGUGUUGUGUGGAUCCUGCCUGUCUGCCAGGGAGGGAAGAUCCUCUGGAAUUCUUCCUUAGCUGGGAGUGUCGGAUUUUGCAAUGGGACCCGGCCAACUCCCGGGGCAGGUGAGUCAGCGUUUGACACCCCAGUCUGGGUGAAGCUGGAUUAGAGGGCAGGUGACUCAUGGGGAUGGCAGCCAUGCUGUGCCAUCUGUGCCCUUUGUGCUGCAGCAUUUGGCCACAGGUUUGGCUAAUCCCAAAAAUCAGCACUGCAAGAUGCUGGCUCCCAAACCAGUGCUGGAAGCACAGCUCCCUCAGGUCAGGGUUGCCAGAGGGGGGGAGAUGACUGAGCCUUCAGUGCAAGGUGUUUUCAUCAUCAGAUAACUACCUAUAGAGUUCCUAUUGUGGCAGAUUCUGUAAGAACAGUGGGUUUGCUCAUUUGGGAUCAAUUCCCAGGGAAUUGUGUAGUGAACACCUGCCAGAGCCAGUGGUGCAGGACUUGACUUUUGGGCCACGAGCCAGGACUGGGGGAGGCCACCCAGCCCAGGACAGGGGGUCAGGAAUCCUUUUUAACUCCCCCAUCUUUCCCCAGCCAGGCCGGGCUGUGUGUGGUGGGAUGAGCCGAGCACAGGAGGGAUGUGGGGUCUGGAGCCUCCAUCCCCCCCCCAAAGGCAGGAUGUGGCCACCCCGUGGGUCCCCAGCGCUCACAGCAUCAGUGUGGCCUUGGGAUGGAGCUGGAGCUGCAUGUCUGAGCAACGGCCACGGCUGGAGAAGGGACAGGAGACGGGAGCAGGGGCUGCCUGGGAUACCGGCGAUACCGGCGAUACAGCGAUACCGGCGCCUGACAGAGCCCCCGGAGCCAGCUCUGCUGCUGCAGUAAGGUAAUAAGUCCAGGGAGCAGCAGGUGCUCAUGGAGAAAUGGAGAAGGACGUUGUCCACCAGAUACUGGAGAGCUCAGGUUGCUCUUUCCAGCUGCGGGAGAGGAGCGGGGCUGGUCCCUGCGUGUGAGCCGCGGCCGCUGCUCCGGGCAGGGUGGGUGAGCUCUGAGUGCUCGGCGUGGGAAGCUCGGGAUCCUUCUGUCUCACUUAAAGAAAACACGGAAAACGGCUGUCUUGGGAAAGCAGCUCUGGGGGGAAGGGAAUUGCUGGUUCCUCCACACAAAGGCUUUGUGUUCGGUGCAGGGGCAGAGCUGCAGCUUGUGUAAAUUGUUGUGGCUGUGCUGAAAGGAGCGGAGCUCUGCUGCCGACUCAGCUCGGGGAUGGCCCCUGGAGAGAAGGGUCAGCCCGUGGGGCCGGACUCUCCAAGCACGUGCAUCACUUAUCUGCUCAGCCACAGCUUCCUUUUGGGAUUUCUCCCCCCCCUUGACCUGUGCCCUGCUCCAGGUUGUCCCCAAGCUCACAAACCUCGGCUGCCUCUGUGGUGCCCCUGCCCUGACCCAGCACAUGUGGUGGGAGAAGGGAAUGUCCAUGAUGGGACAACCUGGGCCUGGGCUCCGGGUGCUGCCUGGGAAGCUCAUGGAAGGGUAUUUGCCCAGGAAGGGAAUGGUUGUAAUCCCUCACUCAGGUUUAUAAAGAAUUGCCUACAAACUUCACAUGAAACCGAAGCCAGCGGAACGUUGGUGAGAAAUGCUGAUCCCUUUUAUGAAUAACCCCCACAUGCUUCCCCUUUCCAGGAGGGAGGAAGCUCCCAUUAAAAAUGGAUAGUCUCCCUGUCAGCUGGAUUUUAAUUCAGCAAGUGGAUUUGACUACUGAUGUGAAAAAACUACCUUUGUCACCGUGCUGAUAUUUUUUUAAUGAGACAGAAAUGGUUUGGCACCUUUCCAGCUUAUUAAAAUCUCUGUGAGUCCACAGGCACUGGCACAAGGGGAUGAGAAAGGAAAAUUACAUUGAGUGCAUGAUUGGCAAAACAAAAUCAAGCACUUUUUUAUUUAUUUAUUUUUAAUCUGUUACAAGCCUGUGAAUGAAUCCUUCUAUUAUUUAUGGGGGAGGAUAAAGGGAGCUGUCCCUGUGGCUGCAGGAGGAGGCAGACUCUGCUUUCAGUUCAACUCUUCUUUCCAGACGAGGAAAGUGAACACCUCCCUGUUACCCAGGGCAGAGAGAAGUGAAGGUAGUUGUGUGAAAAUGGAGUAAUUCACAUGUUUUGUGGGAGAACAGGGCAUUACCAGGAGGGGAGGAUCUCCACAGGGACAGGGCUCGUGUCAGUGGUCUGUGGGUUCCCUGGGUUACCGCAGGGGAAAUCUCUCUGCUGAAAAAAAGCCUUCCACCCUCCCCAGGGGCUGAGACUGUUUCAGCCCUGCAUCCCAGCAGUUAAGUCACCCCAGGGUCUCCAUCCUGCACUGGAUCAGCUGAGGGAGCUGCUCUCCAGUGACAAGGCUUUGCUACAUCCUCACCCGAAGGGCAGCGUGUGCAGAGCACCUCGUCCCAAGGUCGGCCGCGUUGCCAGUGGGGAUUUGGCCCUUCUCCAGCUGCUGCUUCCUUCCUCCCUGCCCUCAGCCCAGCACAGCAGCGUGGAGACACUGCAGCAAACGUUAAUCUAAUUUCCUGCUCGGUGUCCUUUCUGGGUGAUCUUUGCUGGGGGAGGAGGGGGAUGAGCUGGGUCUGCUGACACUGCUGUGUAAAGCCGGGCAGCUCAUGGGACCAGCCCCCUCCUGCCUCAGUGUCCCCAGCAUUCCCCGGUGAUGUCAUGAAGAUUCCUGUUGAUAAAAUGCUUGAUGAAACUCA